UUCAGUCUCUUUCAAAAUGACAGAAGUCGCGGAUGCCUCAGUUCAAACUCUCUCUUCAAUUGACGUCGCUCAAGAUGAUGUGGACGCAAUCAAGUUUAGUCCCCUGGUGGUCCAACUGGUGACUACCAAACCAAAAAAAGACGAUCCACCAUCUUGCACCUCCUCUGGGACCAUCGUAGCUCCUCCAGGAACACAAGUGCCUUCCCACCAACGAGCUAUCCGACGAGUCAUGCCUGCCAUUGAGGAGGAUUGCUACAAUACCAAGCACGAAGAGCGUGGAUUAUGUCUGAUCCUUGAGCAUGAUGAAUUUCGCCCUCAGUUGAACAUGUCGAACCGGAAAGGCUCCGAAAUGGAUUUGAAGGCCUUGACCUCCUUGUUCAACCGCAUGGGCUUCAAUGUCAACGUCCAGCGGAAUCUGCCUUAUGGAGAGAUUUCAAAGCUUCUGGCCAGGGUGGCGGCCAUGGACCAUUCGAAAAGUGAUUGCUUUGCCAUGGCGGUCUUGAGUCACGGAAGCGAAGGGAUCAUGUACGCCUUCGAUGCGGCUUAUCCGACACAAAAGCUUUGGGAACCAUUCACGGCUGACAAAGCCCCAACUUUGGCUGGUAAGCCUAAGCUUCUCUUUCUUCAGGCUUGCCAAGGCAGCAUGAUGGAUGAAGGAAUCAAAGUGACCAAAGCCACCCCGGACAUCCAGUACGAUUCGUUUGCUUCUUACAAAAUGCCAGUUCAUACCGAUUUCCUGAUUGCUCACUCGACAAUCACGGGCUAUUACUCGUGGAGGAACACUGUGCAAGGCAGUUGGUUCAUCCAGAGCUUGAUCAAGGUGAUGGAUCAUUGUCGGGAUCACCGAGAUCUGCUCUCUAUGUUGACUCUGACCCAUAAGCUAGUGUCGUCAGAAUACGAAUCGAGCUCGUCGUACUCUCACCUAAGCGAGAAGAAGCAGACCCCUUUCCUGUAUUCGACAUUGACCUACAAACUGUACUUGGACCCUAAGAAGAUUGAUCGUACGUAAUUACUAAGCAUGAUUAAUUCGCAUGAAACUAUUGACUUGUUAAGACAUUAAAAAAAGCUGCAUAUCA